ACGUAUUUAGUCUGCGACAAACGCUACAGCAGCUAUAGUUGGCCGCGGGUUGACGACGAAAACAUCAUAUUAAGACUCGGUUUACCUUAAUACAGAAAACCCCGAAACCUCUGUAAGACACAUUUGUCUUCGUCUCUCGUGGUGACCGGAAUUUGAACUUAGAGAUGUCCCUGGCGGAUGAGCUCCUGGCUGACCUGGAGGAGGCUGGAGAUGAGGGAGAGGACGGGUUGUAUCCAGAGGGGGAGGAAGGAGAGAGUGAUGGAGAGGCAUCGCAAGGAAGAGCUGAAGGGGGGCUGGAGGACAUCCCAGAAGAGAUGGAGGUGGACUACAGUAAAGCUGAGAGUGUUGCAUCAAUCGCCAAGCUCCGCAAUAGCAAACAGUUUUCAGAGAUUAUGGACAAAAUUUCAGGGUAUAUUGGAAAGCAGCGCAAGAACUCAGAGGUCUCGGGUCCAGUUGAGGCUGAUCCAGAAUACCGACUGAUUGUAGCAGCCAAUAAUCUCACAGUAGAGAUUGACAAUGAACUCAAUAUUAUUCACAAGUUUACUCGAGACAAGUACUCUAAGAGGUUCCCUGAGCUUGAGUCUCUGGUGCCAGAUUCUCUUGAUUACAUUCGCACAGUCAAGGAAUUGGGAAACAAUCUGGAGAAGUGCAAGAACAAUGAAACUCUGCAGCAAAUCCUCACCAACGCCACCAUCAUGGUGGUCAGUGUCACAGCUUCGACCACACAGGGGUCACUGCUAAGUGAAGAUGAAUUGAAGCAGCUGGAGGAGGCGUGUGAUAUGGCUCUGGAGCUGAACCAGUCCAAACACAAGAUAUAUGAAUAUGUAGAGUCCAGGAUGUCUUUCAUUGCCCCAAAUCUGUCCAUCAUUGUUGGAGCGUCAACAGCAGCCAAGAUCAUGGGUAUUGCUGGUGGCCUCACUAACCUCUCAAAGAUGCCCGCCUGUAACCUCAUGCUGCUGGGAGCCCAGAGAAGAACCCUGUCUGGCUUCAGCAGCACCUCCCUGCUGCCCCACACUGGAUUCAUCUACCACUGUGAUGUUGUGCAGUCACUACCACCUGACCUCAGGAGGAAGGCGGCUCGUCUGGUGGCUGCAAAGUGCACUCUGGCUAGCCGAGUGGACAGUUUCCAUGAGAGUUCGGAUGGCAAGGUUGGCUAUGAACUUAAGGAAGAAAUAGAGAGGAAGUUUGAUAAAUGGCAGGAGCCUCCACCAGUGAAGCAGGUCAAACCGCUACCAGCCCCACUGGAUGGACAGAGGAAGAAGAGAGGAGGAAGAAGGUAUCGAAAGAUGAAGGAGCGUCUCGGGCUGACAGAGAUCAGGAAACAUGCCAACAGGAUGACCUUCGCUGAGAUUGAAGAUGAUGCAUAUCAGGAGGAUCUGGGCUUCAGUCUUGGUCAGCUGGGGAAGAGCGGCAGCGGCCGCGUCAGGCAGGCUCAGGUCAACGAGGCCACCAAGGCCAGAAUCUCCAAAUCCCUCCAGAGGACGCUGCAGAAGCAAAGCAUGACGUACGGAGGAAAGUCAACAGUCAGAGAUCGCUCUUCAGGAACGAGCUCCAGUGUAGCUUUCACUCCUCUGCAGGGGCUGGAGAUCGUGAACCCACAGGCUGCAGAGAAGAAGGUGGCUGAAGCCAACCAGAAAUACUUUUCUAACAUGGCCGAGUUCCUCAAAGUCAAGAAGGAAGCUAAGAUGUGAACACACUCACACAUCACCAUCCCGCACAUGGACAAUUGCACUCAACACUGCAGUGGUAUUAUAUUUUUACAUUUGUCUUGCGUUGUGCUUUGUCCUUUGUUUUUUUUUUUUUGUUUUUUGUUUUUUUUUUUCUAAAUUUUAUGAUUUUUGCCAUUUUAAUAAAAUAUGUGAAGA